AAAAACCGAACCCGCCCCCGACCCAUCCCAUGAUUCGUUUUUCUGUCUUCUAUCUUUCUUCCUGUUAUCUCAUCUGUCGUCCGUCUCUGUCUCAUCUUUGCCGCCGUCGCCGCAGGAUGUCCCAGCCUCAUAAUCUCAGGUGAACAUACUUGCUGUAGCAAGAGAGAGUGACCAGUAUUUGCAGUGGCAAAAUUUCAUCCCCAUGAAGUUCACAUGUUUGAGCAGAGGUGGGGGUUUUCAUUUCCCACCAUGUCACAUGGUCAAUGUAUCUGGGUUUAGGAUAUUAUUCGAUUGCCCCAUGGACCUUUCAGCUCUUUCAAUCUUCUCUCCUGUUCCCACUGGCUUUGAUGCUGAGGUGGAUGUUAAAGUUUCUGACUUUCAAGAUUCUAGUUCUUCAAGUUCAGAAUCUGUUGCUAGAAAAAGGCAGAAAAUCAACAAGCCCCUUGAUGUAAAUGAUUUGAUUUAUGCAGUGCCUUGGUACAAAACUGUUAAUAACUUGCAUCUGUGGAAUGUGUCUUUUAUUGAUAUUGUAUUAAUCUCAAGCCCAAUGGGUAUGCUAGGAUUACCGUUUCUUACUCGGAUGAAGGGUUUUUCCGCUAAGAUAUAUGUAACUGAAGUAACAGCUAGACUUGGGCAGCUUAUGAUGGAGGAACUUGUUUCAAUGCAUAUGGAAUUCAGGCAAUUUUAUGGGCCUGAGGGGUCUAGUUUCCCUCAAUGGAUGAGUUGGGAAGAGCUUGAAUUGCUUCCAUCUGCUCUGAGAGAAGUAGUUUUAGGCAAAGAUAGGACAGAGCUAGGUGCUUGGGUGCCCUUGUACAGUGCAGCUGAUGUGACAGAUUGCACACAGAAGGUUCAGACACUUAGAUAUGCUGAAGAGACCUGCUACAAUGGCACAUUGAUCAUAAAAGCUUUCAGCUCUGGUUUAGAAAUAGGCACUUGUAAUUGGACUAUAAAUGGUCCAAAAAGAGAUGUUGCUUUUAUUUCAAACUCUAUCUUUCUUCCUGCUCAUGCGAUGAAAUUUGAUUAUCGUUCUCUUCAAUCGAAUGAUAUCGUAUUAUAUUCAGAUUUCUCAUCCUUGGAUGCCAUGGAAAAUGUUGAGGAUGAUGAUGGUUUCUCUAUUCCAACUACCGACAGUAUGUCGACUCUCAGCACGGACAACAACAACAAUUGGGAAGAGUUAGUUGAAUCCUUACUUUAUACAGAUGAUAGUUUGGAAGAACAGGAGAAACUAUCUUAUCUCUGCUACUGUGCUAUAGAUUCUCUUAAAGUUGGUGGUUCUGUCCUCAUUCCCAUCAAUCGACUUGGAACUCUUCUGCAGCUUCUGGAGCAGAUAUCAGCUUCACUAGAAUCUUCAACUCUGAAGGUUCCCAUAUAUGUUAUUUCUUCUAUAGCUGAAGAACUAUUGGCAUACACCAAUGUCAUUCCAGAAUGGCUAUGCAAAGAGCGGCAAGAAAAGUUGUUUUCUGGCGAGCCAUUGUUUUCACAUGUUGAGCUCAUAAAAGACAAGAAGCUUCAUGUCUUUCCUGCCGUUCAUUCGCCUAAAUUGUUAACUAAUUGGCAGGAACCUUGCAUUGUAUUUGCUCCUCACUGGAGUCUACGGCUUGGUCCAGUUGUUCAUUUUCUUCGACGUUGGUGUGGGGAUCCAAACUCUUUGCUUGUCCUAGAGAGUACACUGGAUGCUGAGUUGGCGCUCUUGCCUUUCAAGCCAAUGGCAAUGAAGGUUCUUCAGUGCUCAUUUCUCUCUGGAAUAAAGUUGCAAAAAGUUCAGCCUUUGCUGAAGAUAUUGCAGCCAAAAAUUGUUCUGUUACCUGAGGAUUUGAGGCAACAAACCAGAUUUACAAAUGCUAAUUCAUUCUCCGUCAUUCACUAUUCUGAAAUUGCAUCGAUACGUAUACCAAGCUUGAAGGACAAUUCAGAAGUAGAAAUUUCAACUGACUUGGCUCUCCAGUUCCAAUGGAGAAAUUUAAAGCAUGAAAACAUGACUGUCACAAGAUUAAAAGGAGAGCUCUCAGUAUAUCAUGGCAAGCAACGGUUACUCUCUGGAAGUGAGCAGGCAAAAUCCUCCAAGAUAAGGCCACUGCUACACUGGGGUUCACCUGAUUUGGAAAAGCUUCUAAAUAUAUUGUCAAAUAUAGGCAUUAAUGGAUCUGUAGAACAAUGCAUGGGCAAUGGUGAAUCAGAAAAAGCUUGUAUAGUACACGUCCAUGAACCUAAAAAAGCUUUGAUUGAAAUAGGAACGAGUACUAUCAUUAGUGCUGGUGAUGAGAAUUUAGCCUCUAAAAUUUUUGAAGCUAUAGAUAAAGUUUUGGAAGGCAUUUAAAGAAGGGAAUUCUUCUCUUUACGUGAAUCAUUGUCUGGAUAUUUUGCACAAGCAUAUACCCGAAUAUAUAGACUAAGGCUUCGUUGAUGUUGUA